AUGGCAACCGACGGAGCUGUGGCGGAUGGCGCGGCAGCAGCGGAUGGUGCGGCGGCUGGGGCAGCGGCUGCAGCGGCUGCAAUCAGUGCUGGUGAGAGGAUGGAGCUGGAGCCCUCCCUUGCUCCAGAAACAACCGAGCUUCCGAUGCCCACGUUCUUUCAUCGGCAUCGCAGAGGAUUGCAUCGGUCAGCUCGGAUGGCCAGUCAGGACUGGGCAGACUGGAGGUCAGCAAGUGAGGGAGGUGGCUCGGGAUCAGCCCUUUCGAGGUCUUCGAGCCGUGCCAGUGAGGACCCUUGGCUGUGGAGGGACCCAUGGAUGACACCUCAACCCCGACGAGAGCAGGGGUACGCCAACUGGUCUUCGUCAGAGGACUCGUCGAGGGCAUCGCGGACGGAGUCGUCGGAUGGCAGUUGGCACCGAGUGGAACGACCGGUUCAAGAACGACAUGUCUACUGGGCCGAUGAGGUGUGGAACCGGACGGACUGGAUGGAUUCGGGUUGGGAUGACUCUUCUUCGAGCGAGUGGAGUGGUAGGUCCCAGGACUGGGGAUGGACUGGACAGAAUCAGAAUUGGGAGACCGAUUCGAGCCAGUCAGAACGGUCCUGGAAGAGCGAAGAGUCAUCCACCUCAUGGAGGUCUGCACAAAGUGAACAGAGGCAGACACUACGAGCUGGUCGGGAUCGAGGUGAUCAGGCGGCCGGGCUACAUCCUGGCCAGGGUGAAGGUGUUGGAGUAUAUGCAGGUGACUGGGGGACUCCAUCAGAGGGACUAUCUGUUCAACGAGCUGCAGGUCUUACUGUACCUCCUGGGCAACCUUUGUCAGAGCUGGCAAGUGACCCGGAAGGCAAUGGACCGCCUCCGUCUCCGAUGUCACCGGCAGCCCACAUGACUGAAGCUUGGAACAAGCCCUCGGGAAACAUCCCUUCAGGACAACCCUCUGUGGCAGGAGGAUCCGGUGCGACCUCCAAGGAGGGUGCAAUCAGGGAGAAUGUGACGACAGGCGGCAAGAUCUCCACCACAUACCCGCCAAUCUUCUAUGCUCGACCAGGUGAAUCAUGGGAACAAUACUGGCGGACGGUGACAUUUUGGUUGGCAUCCGAGGGGAAGUCGCUCCCCGUCGAGAUGAGGGGGCCGAGACUGAUGCAGCAAUUGCGUGAACGAGCCGGAAAGAUCGUCCAGCACCUCACGGUCGAGCAGGUCACCUCCCCAGAAGGUGUGGACUUAAUCCGAAGAGAGAUGGAACGAUCUCCUAUCAUCAGGCUCCUCGACAACAAGAAGAUCGAUAAACGGAGACAGAAGUUUAUGAAACUCGCCCGGUUGCCCAAUGAGAGCAUUGAGAGCUUCAUUAACCGGGCGGAGAUCUACCGCAGGGAGAAUGAGACCUCCCCUGCCUAUCGGGUUGGAUCCUGCUUUUAUGUUGGUCACCUUUUGGACUCCGCCAAGUUGACUCGCAAGGACCUUGCACUGCUUAAGGCAGCUUGUGGAGGGGAUGUCGAGGACGAAAACAAGGUCAUCUCCGCACUCCUGGAGCUGGCCGAACAGUUUGAAGGAGCACCACAAUGCCCCAUUGGUCGUGGAGAGCCCCAAUUGGACAAUGAGGAUCAAUAUUUAAUCCAAAAGCCGGGCUCGAGCUCUUCUACUCCGACUACAUCCUCAGAUCCUCCUACUGCCCGACGUCGUUUCUUUCCACGGGGCCGGGGUGGCGGCCGUUUCCCUCGUCGUCGAUUUCGUGAUGCUCUGAUGGCAAUCGUGGAGGAGGAUGAUGAGGAGGCGCUGCCGGAUGAGCUUCUGGAGGUGCUGGGUGAAGAUUCGUUCGAAGAGGAUGAAGAGAAGACAGAGAUUCAGCAGGACAUGACUGAGUUUGCUGCCGCACCGCAUGAGGCCUUUGUGGCCAAUCAACCGGAGUCCUCGAUGGCGGCAUCUCCGUUGGCUGAGAUCUAUGCCCAGGAAUAUAAGGCCCGGAACCGGGUCCGAGAGAUCAAGAAGAUGCGGCAGUACUUCCAGAAGGAGUCCCCGGGAGGCCCGACAGCUGCUCGGAAUGAACAUGUCAAGAAGUGGGUUGCUGAGCAGCAGAAGAAGGAGCCAUGUUUUAUAUGCCACCAACUUGGCCAUUGGAGCCAGGAGUGCCCGUACCGAAAGAAGGUACAUUCGGCCAACGUGACUUUUCCCGUGUCACGACCUCAACAAGAGGAUUGGGCCCUUUUGGAGUCUCUCGCGGCCGCUGGCGUGUACAUGGUGCGAGACGGGAGCAACGAGUCCACUCUCCCCCAUCAAGUGUUUUGGGCUUUGGAUGAACUGGAUGGGAAGGAUCAUACUAAGAUGAUUGUGGACUUGGGAUGUAUGAGAACCGUGGCGGGCACUACAUGGGUGAACCGAGUGGUGCAGAAGUGGAAACGAUUGAAGCGGUACCUCAAGGUGGUCCCUGAAGGGGAGAAGUUCCGUUUUGGAGAUGGACAAGUGGUGGACAGUCAAUUUGCGGUCAUUUUGGAGGUCGACAUUGCGGGCAUACAGGCCUUGUUGAGGAUCUCUGUCGUUCAUGGUAACUGCCCCCCCUUGUUGUCCAAACCGGUCUGCUCGGAGCUGGGAUUCGUCAUCGACACGGCUUCGCAUGCGGUCACAUCUAGACGAUAUGGAGUGAAACAGUUCGGUCUCGAACAAUCCAAGGGAGGCCACUAUGUCAUACCGAUUGAUGAAGGGGGCACCGAAGGCCGAUGCUCGAUCGAUCCUGAUUUUGAGUGGCAUGAGAACAAGGAGAUUUGUGUGCUCGCCGGUGCAAUUGGUUCAGCAAUUCGGGACGGGACGUGUGACGGCCCGGACUUCCGCGAGCACUUGGCCCCGGUCUACGAGUUGUCGCAGAACGAAUGGGAGACCGUUGGCGAUGGCCUCGCGGAAGAAGAGGACGUGACCGAGCAGAUGGAGGCCGAGCCGGAAUUGGAGGUGAGGACCCCACUUCGGACAGUUCGCAGGAGCACAAUCUCCCGGAUGGUCAAGAAGCCUACAUCACAGAGUCCACCGGGCAAGAGGUCAGGGAAGCCCACAGCUCGAGCAGAAGCAUCACCGGCGAAGAUGAAGGGGACGGCAGCAGCAUCGUCGAGCGAACAAGUGGACAUGGGCAGGAUGCAAGCCAUGUUCGCGCAGAUGCAACAAUGGAUGAUGCAGCAGAAAUCGUCGCUGGAGGAAGAGGAUCCGGUGGUGGACGAGAAGCCUUCCAGGCGAGGUCGCAGCAAGGAGCCGAUGCCGCAGUCGGAGAAGGUCAAGAAGACGCCGCGGGCGGUCCGGACAGCGGCCCUGACAGGAGACGAGGCUCCGUUCCCGUCGCUGUCGACCCAGUUCUCAGCGGAUCCCACCAUGAACCUCAUGCUGAGCCUCAAAUCCCAGACGUUGGUGUUCAAAUGGAAGCUCCUCUUACUCCUGCUGCGGGUGAAGGGCGCAGUCGAGGUGGACCCCAAGAAGAAGUGGCGGCGAAAUCCUCGCUGGGUGAUGAAGAUGCACGGCAACCACAUCGCGUCGCUUUGGGGUCGCCUGGCUCGGACAGUAGAAGAGAAGCACUACAAGGGUGGCGACCAUGAGCUGGCGAAUGACCCAGUGGGGGACGAGAGCUACGCUGGGGCGGCCUCCGUGACGGCGAAUGACCCACCCGAGGAGUAUGCCAUGACCAUGGUGGACGACGCGGAGACGGGUGAGUUUGGCAGGGCGUUGAAUGAUGAACUUCGCAGCCCGGUCAAUUCGGCCGCUGCGCCAUCAUUUCGAAAGCCCCUCAAUCGUCGACAGACGAGGACGCUUCAGCAAGGAGUGCAACGAGCCCUGCAGACCCACAACAAGAUGUUUGAUGUCCUGGAUGCGAAGGUCAACAUGAAGGAAUGUUGGACCCUUCUCGAAGUCUUUGCCGGGCGCGCUCGAUUGUCUGACUUGGCCCGGCGACGGGGAACCUGCUGGCGGGUGUUACCUCCUCAAGAUGUCCUGUACGGGCUGGAUCUGUUACAGGAAGGCGAGCUGCAACUCUUGAAGGAUGUGAUUCGCACACAACAGCCUGAUGUCAUCACCCUCGCCCUACGGCUUCCGAUCAUGUCCCGUCGGCAACAAGUUCAUCAAAAGGUGGUACACUUGUGUCAAUUGGGCCUCAGAGAUCGGAUAUCAGGGCAGCCACAUAAGAAGCCCACAGCCGUGCAGAUGAACCACCCGGCUUUGGAGACGGCGAUGUUUCCGGAGAAGGUCUGUGGCUGUCAGCCGGGAGCACAUCAAACUAUUGAAGGCACUGUGAGGAUUCGGGAUCCGAUAGAAGGAACAGUGAAGUCGGUGAAGCGAUCCACACUGGCUGCGGAAUGGACAGAGCCAUUCUGCAAUUGGCUACUUCACGGCCUUGAGGCCUUGCGAGAAGAGGGAACCGACUGCGUGUUGGACUUGGAACAGCCCACGCCUGCUUCACAAAUGUGGGAUACAGUGCCUGUGGAGGUGGAGAAGUCAGCUGAAGGGCAGAUCAGACAACAGCUGGCGGCAGCGGAUGGCCUGCACAAGUACGAUUACAUCACCUUCUUGGGCAGUUCAGGUGCCCUACCUCGGAAGAUGAGAUCGACCCUGGCCCAUCUGCAUGUCGCUCUCGGUCACAUUGGGAACGACAAGCUGGCCCGCAUGAUGUCACAAAAUGGAGCCAAGCGAGUGGUCCUGGAGGCGAUCAAGCAGUUGGAUUGUCAAGUGUGUAAAAGGGUGACGGCACCACACAUUACGCCUAAGGCUGCAUUUGCUCGGCCGAUGUCCUUCAAUGUCAGACUGGUGACGGACACCUUCUAUGUGUGGGAUGCCAAACUACGCAAGUUUGCGGUCACCCACGUGAUGGACGCAUUCUCGUUGUACCGUUGGCCCGGCAGUGGUGGUGGCGGUGGAGCGCCUCGAUGGAGCGAUCAAACGGGCGUGGCUACGCUAUAG